AUGACGCUCGGACCAUCCAGUCCCCUCACACAUGGAACCUCUCUAGACACUCACUUGGAUAUAUAUGCUCGCAGUCACAGUUAUUAUCAUGGGAGAUAUACUCCUCGGAGCUCGCAGCUGAAGGUGAAGUUGUCAGGUAUUGAGUAUACUUGUGCGGACACCUACAGUCUUCCAAGUGGGAAUCGGUCGACUACAUCUACCCUCGAACCACGGGGUGCAUCAAGGUUUACGACGAAUACUCAGGUGCUCAUACAUUCUCUAUCAUCAUAUUCGAGGAAGAUGUUAGCGUUACCACUGCUUAGCGUACUGACGGUGCUCGGUUGGGCACUACCUGGACUGCACGUAAGAGCAGCCCGAGACAUCUUAUUGAUGCAAGCUACAACUUGCUUUCGGGAAAAAUGCUUAUGCUAA